UGCGUGUUUCGGUAGCUGGUUUCUUCCCGACGCCGCCGGGGAGCCGCGGCUGUCAGGUUUGCCGCCAGCCGAGCCGGAAGCUGCCCUUAACCUUCCUUGGUAUGACGGAAAAUUAAAGAGCUAUAAAGAGAGGUUCCGGAGCCGGCCUGUUCCGUGGGUGGCCGAAUGGAGACCGAGACCGUACACGGGUCGCUGACCCGCUGCCUGACCCUCGCCUCUUCCUGGGAUGCCGCGUGCGGAGCCUUGGCCCAGAGUCUCCGUCUCACCCGGGCUGGUCUCGGCGCCCGGGACGCCGACUGGGAGGAGCUGCUGGCGCCGCCCGCCUCGGGCCAGGAUCAGGUGAUUUUGAAAAGGAACCUGAACAACCAAGAUGAAAACUUCUGCUUCCUUUACCUGAGAUGUGACCCUCAUGGAGGUGAAGAAAUCGUUUCUAUUGGCAUUUUAAGUUCAGCAAGAAAUAUGGAAGUGUACUUAGGAGAGGAGUACUGUGGAACCAGUAGGGGCAAGAAUGUUUGUAAUGUUCUGGAUAACAGUGAACAUGAAAAGAUUACUUUGUACAAAAAAUAUCUAAAAUUGGAGUCUCCUACACAUGCUUGUAAAAUAAAGCUGCUCUCCUUUGGUGAAAAGAACUGUGUGUUCAUCAGUAAAGUUGUGGUACACGUAAGGCCAGUCUCAGCACCUUCUUCAGCAGGCUCUCCCACUCUAGGAUCAAGGAUAGACCUGGAGAGGGUCCAAAGCAUCAUGGAGUCCAUGGGGUCAAAGUUAUCACCUGGAGCUCAGCAGUUGAUGAAUAUGGUGAGAUUCCAGCAGCAGAAUUGUGUUGCCAUCGGAGAGCAGCUGCAGUCGAUGCUGGGAAACACGGGACACAAGCACGUGAUGGGGCUGCAGUCCUCGUCUACUGCGGGAGCCUUCGACAAGUCAUCCUCCACACCUUUUCCUUUCAGGACUGGACUGACAUCUGGAAACAUGACUGAAGACUCAGAGGCUAACACUGAGGAAAGUCUGCAGCCAGCUGGUGGAGGAAGUAUGAGCAGCCUCCAAGAGUGUAAAAUUGUGCCGCAAAGCCAUUCUCUUCUUGAGAAUGAUCUCAAGAAUGCAGUAUCUUCUUUCUUAUCAAAGAAAGCAAGUGACAGCUCACACAUACCUAACUCCGAGUUGCUGCCUCUUCUGCAGAAUUUGUGUGGCCAGGUGAGCCAUCUCCGGGUGGGACCUGGCACCAAGUGGCAGGACAGCAUCACCAAGCCCGGUGGAGGCGCUGCGGGUGUCAUACUCGAAGAGCAAUCCAUUUGUUCCUACUUGGAAAAGAUUCUUUCUAAAAAUUUGGAACUGAUGGAGAAGAAACUUACAGACUACAUUGAUCAGCAAAUAUAUAAACUCCAGGAGCACAUAGAUAAUAAGAUUGCUUUGUUAAUGGACUUGCUGCAGCAUCCCAACUCCCCACCCUCUGGGAUGCCUCUAAGACAUUAUGACUCUGGAGAAGGACUUUCAAAUGGAGAAAGAUAAGCACUCAACAUGUACAGAGUACUACAGAUAUUUAUUACAUAUUUAUUAUAAAACCAAACCGCCAAGAGGUAAAGCAGCUAUUUAAUGUCAUUUGAGGAUCGCUGUUUACUUGCAUAAAGUGACCUCAUGUUCAUUUUACUGUACUGUUACUGUGAAUCUGGUACUGUACACUAAGAUUUAAUGUGGUAGGGUCAUAAAUUAUUCUUGUUUCCCAUAUUUUUCACUUUUGUAAGAAAUUCACAUACACUUCUGGGUUGCUCAGAUGUUCAGAUUGUUUUAAGGGUUUCUAAAGCAUUUCAUUAGUUUGUACUAUAUAUGUGUUUGAUUGGAGUACUCUUGUAAUUUUUACAAAGACCUUAUGUUUGGGGUAUAUAAAGUGCUUAGAAUAUGUAAGUGAUAUUUUUUCUUUUUCUUAUUAAUUAUUCUUAUAAAACUGGGUACUUAAGACUUGCAACCUUUAAUUUCAAAUCACCAUGUUACCUUUUUUAUUGCUUAUUUCAGAUAAAAAAUUAUAUGUGAUGUUUGGUAUGUGUAAAACUGGUUUACAUUGGGGCUGUUAAUUUUGUGUUCUGUCACAUUGUAGCUGUGCAUAGAAAAAUAAUAAUUAGAACUGACCUAUUCUCUGUUAGGCUUAUUACUUUCAGAUUCAGUGUUUGGUGUAAAAUGAGAGAAGUCAUCUUGUUUUAUCUCAGUCAACCCAGAAAGCAGAAGAAACUCUCUCCUUUUCUGAACUGAUACAAGUUAUUCUUUCCAGAGCCCUUUUCUGUUUAAUGUAUGAAAUGCUGAGAUUCUGCAUUGAAGCAUUAAGACACAUAAAUCAAGGAGAUUACAGUUCUCUCUGGCAGACUUAAUUUUCCAAAACUAUACCUAUCAUUUAUGUCUUGUUAGGUGAUAUAUUUGCCUCUAAAAAAUAAAUGAAUUCACUCUGGAAAUUAAAUGUUUUCACCUAAUAUUUUCGGUGAAAAAGGAUGGUUUACACUCAUUUAGUAUUUUGAUGAAUUUAGUUCUUUCAAGUGAGAACUAAUAUAAAGUUUAUUCAUUUAUAAAUCACUCUGAAGUUAGGGACAUGAGGUUGUUGUUCAGUUGCUAAGUUGUGUCUGACUUUCUGCGACCCCAUGAACUGUAGCAUGCCAGGCUUCCCUGUCCUUCACCAUCUCCCAGAGUAGGAUUUUACAAUAUAUAACUUUUAUCAGUC